AUGGACAAUCAUCUCAUCCAACUUGGCUUUAGUAGAAGUCAAAGUGAAGCUACUUUGUAUGUGAAAUUCAAUGCUACAGGUGAGUCCUUAAUUGUCUCAAUUUAUGUGGAUGACAUGCUUGUGUCAGGAAGCAAAAUUGAACUAAUCCAAAGGUUCAAGGAUGAAAUGGAGAAAAUCUUUGAAAAGACUGAUCUUGGAGUCAUGAAGUACUUUCUCGGCAUGGAAGUGUUGCAGUCCAGUGAUGGAAUUCUCAUAUGCCAGCAGAAAUACAUUUUGGAUAUUUUAAACAGGUUCAAAAUGCAAGACUGCAAACCCGUGAGUACUCCAAUAUCUGCUGGUGUGAAGCUUGGCAAGGAUGAGGAUUCCGAAAAAAUGGAUGAUAGUAUGUAUAGAAGCUUAAUUGGCAGUCUUCUAUAUCUAACCGCAAUCAGGCCUGACAUUCUAUUUAUUGUUAGUUUUCUCUCUAAGUUCAUGCAUUCGUCUAGAGACACACGCCUCACAGCUGCUAAAAGAGUGUUAAGUGAUUGGGGUGGUGGAGUUGAUGAUUCCAAAAGCACAUCUGGAUAUCUUUUCUGUUUGGGGACAAGUUGUUUUAGUUGGAGCUCUAGAAAACAAGAAAUUACAACUCAAUUCACAGCAGAAGUUGAGUACAUAGUUGUUGCAUCUUCUCUAGCUGACAUUUUCACCAAGUCAUUGCCAAAGGAAAGGUUUGAAGAUCCGAGGCAAAGAAUUGGUGUUUGCCACAAAAAUGCCAAGAAGGAGUGUUAG